AUGGGGGCCGGGGCAGGCGCUGGUGAUGGAGGACGUGGAGGUCGCCCCGCCGGGGCCACUAGAGAUCCGCGUCAAGGUCGUCUCCACCUCCAUCUGCCGCAGCGACGUCACCCAGUGGCAGUCCACGGCGCAGCCCGAUCUGUUCCCCAGAAUUUUCGGGCACGAAGCAUCCGGGUCCGUCCGUAUCCUGGUCUCUCUCCUUUUGCUCACACAAGUCGUCACAAUGCUGACAGCCUAACACCUUCGGCCUGCAGGGUGGUCGAGAGCGUCGGGGAAGGAGUGACCGAGUUCCAAGUCGGAGACCACGCGCUCACCGUCUUCAUCGGGGAAUGCAUGAGCUGCAAGCAUUGCGUGUCGAGCAAAAGCAACAUGUGCCAGACGCUCGGCCUGGAGAGGAAGGGCGUCAUGCACAGCGACCAGACCACCCGCUUCUCCAUCGGCGGGAAGCCCGUGUACCAUUACUGCGCCGUGUCGAGCUUCAGCGAGUACGCGGUUGUCCACUCGGGCUGCGCGGUCAAGGUCAGCCCCACCAUGCCCAUGGACAGGAUAUGCCUGCUCAGCUGCGGCGCCUCUGCAGGCCUUGGUGCGGCUUGGAAUGUUGCUGAUGUAUCCAAGGGAUCAAGUGUAGUUAUAUUUGGUCUUGGAACUGUAGGACUUUCGGUCGCUCAAGGUGCUAAGCUACGGGGAGCUUCCAAGAUUAUUGGAGUAGAUACCAAUCCUGAUAAGCAAGAAAAGGGGAAGUCUUUUGGUGUUACAGAUUUUAUUAAUCCUGCCGAAUUGCAUGAACCUGUUCAGCAGGUAGUAAAACGGCUUACUGAUGGAGGGGCUGAUUACUCUUUUGAAUGUGUGGGUGAUACCGGAGUAGUCUCGACUGCAUUGCAAUCAUGUUCUGAUGGAUGGGGCCUGACUGUAACUCUUGGCGUACCAAAAGCAAAACCAGAAGUUUCUGCUCAUUAUGGAUUGCUUCUCUCUGGAAGAACACUGAAGGGGUCUUUGUUUGGAGGAUGGAGACCCAAAUCUGAUAUACCUUUGUUAGUGGAGAAGUACGCAAACAAGGAAAUCCAAGUUGAUGGCCUUGUCACACAUGAUAUGCCAUUCAGUGACAUCAACAAAGCGCUUGAACUGAUGCUACAAAACAGGUGUUUGCGAUGCGUGAUUCACAUGCCAAAGUGA